AUGGCUAGGACUCCCCUUCCUUCCUUCGUCGAGCUCAUGCAGUCUCUCGGUCUCACCGACGAGAGGCGAGCGACCGGUCCGUUCUCUCACUCACGCUCGAGUUCCCUUUCCUCUACCACAUCGUCCUCUUCGUAUGCGGACGAUGAACUUGGAUCUCCUCGACGUCGCCACAAUACUCAUCCUGCCGGGAAAUACCUUCUGGUUCCCUCUCAUCAUGAACGCAUCUACUACGGCAAGGAAUUGGAUACCGAACCGAGUAUCCAACUCCGUGGGAAGGGCAGAUACUCUCCCUACGGCGUCUCCAGCAUUCCUCGAAAGGCGAGCAUGCCAUCUCUAGACGCCGUGGAGGCGUUCGACAAACCGGCGCGGGCUCCCUCUUCCUCUCCCCUUCAUUCCCCCUUGGACACCGUCUUCCCUCAACGCUCAACUCGGGCAUCUCGUGCUCCACGAUCUGAAAGACCCUUGCGACGAGGGCAGAAGCCUUGGAUCGACUCCGAUCUCCCGGCCAUAACCCCUAUUUCAACUUUCGUCCGACGCAAGUCGCCACGAAGUCCCUCUCCCUCACCGACAUCCUUCGUAUUCCCCGCCGACGUCCACAGUCCCGCUGCUCCAGUCGCAAUACCCGCCCUUCCCACUCUCAUACCCCACUUCCUUCUCGCUUCCCCCACGUCGACAGAUUCAUCAUCAGAGUCGACCCACCUUUCUAUGGACAUUGACCCUAGAUCCUACCACCGUACUGGCACCCGUAUUUCAGCCACUCCCCAAGAUUCGCAUCGGUAA